CGGUUAACUCCGCGGCCGCGCGCGCUCGUGCUCGCGCUCGCACCCGCACCCGCGCACGGGAAAGCGCCGUCCAGGUUGGGAUGCGCAGCUUUGCUGUUCUUAUGGCAACCGAUCACAACAGUACAGAAAAGUAGGCGCUCCGAAAGUUCAGCUGAGGCGUGAAGCAAAGGUUAAUGGAGAAUAAUGAUGUCCACCGACAGCUAAAAAUCCAGCGGAACCCGUCCUCCGCCCUUCAUACGAGAGAGCCGGGCUAUGUGAGCCACACAGCGCUCCUCAUCCACGCACACGAAGCCUCCGCUUCCCCGCUCCGCAACCUUUGCCCUUCUUUUCCAGCUUUGCCUUGUAGUUUACUGCUCCACUGAUCAGGAUUAAAUUCCAGAAGGCAUGGGCUGUUCCACCAGCACCCAGACGUUGACCCAGGAGGGUAACAGACCCGGUGUCAAACCUGCACAAAGCAACGGAGCCAACUUGAGCGGGCCAGAGAAUGGGCAGAUCUCUGCAGAAAGCGCAACACUUCCUGAUCCGUCUGGCUUUGACCCGGCAGAAGAAGGGACCGUGGUGGAGAGUGAGCCUACUGCAGAAGGCCAGGCAUCAGAGGAGCCCACGGAAGAACUGCAGGCUGAUACAAUAGAGGAGGAAGAGGGAGGAGACACAAAGGAGGAGGAAGAGGCGGCCCCUCCAGAGGAUGAGGGUGUAGCAGAGCCAGACCCACCGGCAGAAUCUCCCAGAGAAGAAGAUGUGGACGACUUGGCAGCCCUAGAGGAGGAGCCCACUGCAGGUGAGGACUGCGAGCUUGAGCCGGCAUCAGCAGAGCCCGAGACAAAAGCAGAGGAGGCAGCGGAGGAAACGGCUUCCUGCCAUGAAGAGUGAAGCCAUGGAGUCCCAGAAAGUCAGCCAGCAUCUCUUUAGAUUUCUAAAGCUGCUGUUGACCAAACGCAGGUGAAGGGUCUUAUCUGCUAAAGCUUCAGGGAAUUUGGGAGUAUAGUACACCACUGCAGGAACUGUUCUCAUCAUACAGGAAACUUGAAAAACAAAGACCACCAGUGCACCCUUAUGCAUAAAAGCACUAUUGUCAAAGCUUCUUCUAAAAUAUGCACUGCUGACCUCGACUUGGCUGGUCAGCGUCCACCAGCUGCUGGAGUUCUUUCAGUCACUACUGAACUGGAAGAGCGUCUUCUGCUUUUACAGUACUACAUUAGUGGCCUUGUCGACAAUAAGCUGAUCAUAUUUACAUUUACCGACAUGGUUGACCUUUGUGAUCCUCUGCAUGGUAACUUCAGCAGUAUUGUAAUUGGUAUGACAUGCUGUAGCGUAUCUGCACGGCCAUCUACGUGAUCAUCUACUGUACUCUCUGCUCAGAUGCCCUGUGAGAGCAACAGUAAGGACAAUUAUAUGAUGACAACUAUCACCAUCACCACUACAUGGUUAUCUUCACAGUUAGCUGCACAAAGACAUUCAUGACCAUCUGUAUAGCUUAAUGCUUCUUGCCUCCAUUUACUGUGAUCUUCAUAACAAGCUGUAAAGCUACCUCCAGAUGUAUCUAUGCUGCACACAGUUCUGGUAAUCACUUGUACAACUACUCAUGGAGCUGAUCGCCAUGACCAGUGUGGACAGUCGGUUCACUCUCAGAUACCCAUGCAGCCUCCUCUAAUGCUGACCCAUGGCACUGAGGGACAUACCAACCUGGCAGUCUUUCUGCACCACUCACCUACGUAUUCAGCUAACGUUACUAUUUGGACCGCUCUCAGUCCUGGACCUUUGGCCGACUCGCCCGAUCUGCAUUGUUUCCUCCACACCUUAAUUACCCACCAGAAAGGCUCUCGCUACAACUCCCUACACUUCUGGCUUACGUGUGCACUAUAAUGGUUGGUGCCUCUACCGCCGAGUUUCUAAACCUGCAAUAGAGAAUUACACCGCGGGCUGCAGGGCGGUCUUCAUGAAUGAGCACCUGUGCUGCUGCUAGGCCCUGCAGAUCACACAGUUCUGAUUGUACCGGUGGUCUCCUGUGACCAUCCACAACCAAAGAAAUACUGACAGCAUUACCAUUCUUGUACUCAUCUUUUAGGAAGACUGAAGAUUUCUGGAAUCUGGAUUUUUCCCCAGAGAGGAUCUGGAUGACAGCAUUGAGUGGAGUAACUUAAUGUGGCAUUUUUGGAUGUGUUAAAGGUGAAGCAGGACAUCAACCAGUACUGUACUUGCUGUCAUUUACCUUAGAUAUACACAUAUCAUGGUGUGUAUAUAUAUAUAUAUAUAUAUAUAUAUAUAUAUUACGUAUAUUGUGGGAAACAGCCCAGACACAGACAAGUAGACUUUGUUUAAUUCACCACACACACUUUACUUACAAUGUCCUACUAUAUACUGCACAGUGUAGACACAACCCACUUCACCCCAAAGACCAGGCCUUCUUCCACAAUGGCUUUUCCUCAGGUCCGCCUCCACUCCUCUCCUCCCAACUCCAGCCCUUGAAUGGAGGGAGGCGGCCCCUUUUAUCCUCACCC